AUUAUAGAGAAAAUUACGUUGGGAGACUAUUUUUGAAAUUAAAUACUGUAUAUACCGAAUAUAUUUAUAUUUGGUAAAAAGUAACGAUUUUUUUUGAAUUUUUUUUUACACGUGUACACGGUUACUGUUUUUUAGGGGUAGUUGAGUGUUAAACACGAUUCCACGUUCUUUUUGCACUGUCAAACCAUUUCUCACUCAAUCACUUCCAUUUCUCUUUUCAUUUCAUCUUCCAUUCUCUUAUUUUCCCUCAUUUUAUCAUAGUGUAAGGGUUUCUCUCUGCUAGGGUUUGGCAUUUCGUUUCAUAGUUAAAACAUUCAAUGGUGCGUACUAGGGGUUCAAUGUCUCCAUCACCGGAGGUGUCUGGUUCGAAGAAGAAGGUUGAAAAAGCAGAGGAGGUUUCGAAAAACAUGGUUGGUUCUGGUUCGAAGGUCGUUGAGUCUGAUAAGGAGAAGAAGAACAAGAAUCUCUCCAUUUCGAAGAGGAGUGGUGUUUCUGAAGCUACCUCUAACGAUCGGCGCUCUAAGAAAUUGAAGAGUGUUGUUGAAGAUGAGGAUGAUUUUGAUUCAGAAUGUGAUGAAGCACCUAUUGUGUUGCCAAAAAAAUUGAAGGUUUGGGAUUUUUACUUGAAACCAGAGGAUAGAUUUUGUGGAAAAAUCAUAUACUGGUUUGAUGUGGGUGUUAUUGCAGAAAUCAAGGGUAGAUUGAAUGCUAAGCAACUUACUAUGUUUCAAGAAUCUUGUUUUGGGCAUUUUCUAGAUCUUGAGGAGUGCAACAUGCAAUCUCAGGUUAUACACACUGCUUUGUGUAGGGAGGUUCAUCAGGCAAAUGUCAAGGAAAUUUGGUUUGAUUUUGGUAAUUCUAGGACUCGUUUUAGGUUAGGUGAAUUUGCUAUUAUUAGUGGAUUGUUGUGUAAGGGUGACAGUAGUAUGGAAAAAUAUAUAGGAAGGGGAGAUACUUUUGUGGACAAGUAUUUUAGUGACAUGACUGUUAACUAUGCUGCCAUUAAACAACGAUUCUUGAAUAGUAUCUUCAAAGAUGAUGUGUUUGCUUUUAGAAUGGCUGUGCUUUAUUUUGUUACGAAUUUCUUGCUUAGUAAGCCUGGUCGCAAGAAAGUAAGUAGUGGGUUACUUCAUUUAAUUGGUUCUGGUGAGUUUAACAGUUUUCCAUGGGGUAAGGUUGCGUAUGAUACUACUUUGUAUAGCUUGAGGACUGUUUUAAAGGAAAAAAACAAGAAGAAAGUUGUUGAUGAGACGAAGGGUACAGUUGCUUCGAAGGCAAAAGGGAAGAACAUUAAGGGUAAAGAAAAGGAUUACAAUAGUAAGACGUACAAGUUGUGUGGUUUCCCUUUUGCGUUUCAGGUUUGGCUCUAUGAGGUUAUUCCUCUUUUUAAGAAGCAAGGUUUAUGUACAUAUGAUGCUUCUCCAGAUUAUAGGAUGUGUAGGUGGAGUAGUGUGGGCAAUCCUUUCUCAGGUGAAGUGGAGAAGAAAAUAUAUAUGUCAACUAAGUUUUCUGUUACCCGCAUGUUUCCUUCAGCUGAGGAAAAUCAAAAGUUAGAUAUUGCUGGGUUUGAGUUUUCUUAUGGGUCAGAAUCUGAUGAUGAUUUUGAGGAUGUGAGACAGCCAAGAGUAGAUGUUGACAAGACUGGUAGCUCUGGAGUUGAGAAAAAAUCUACUAUAAGUCUUGCUGUGUUGGAUGAGCUUAAAGAUUCGGUGUUGGGGCUUGUAGUUAGGCAAGUUGGAUUGGAGUGUGUUUUGAAAGAAUUUCGUAAGGAAGUUGAUGAAAAAUUUGCAUUACUUGAGGAAAAUUUGAAGGGUUACAUUGAUCGUAAAGUUGGAGAGGAUUUAACUUUUUAUUUUGAUACGAAGUUUUCAGAAUUGAAAGAUUUGAUUAAAGAUAGUAUUGAGAAUGUUGUACCACAGAGUAAUGAGGAUGAAGAUGAGGAUGACGGUGGUGGUGGUGGCAAUGAUAGUCCUCGUAACCUAGAUGACAUUAGUGAUGAUGUUGAGCCUACUGUUAAGGGGGAUGGUGAGGAUGCUGGUGAAGAUGCUGCUGAUGUGAAGGAUGGUGAAGAUUGUGUUGGUGGUGACGGUGAUGUUUAUAAGGAAAUUAAAAAUAUUUCCGAGAUGUCUGUGAAAGAAGUUGAUAGUCAAGAUUUUGCUGGUUUAUGUUCUUUGGAAAAGGAUAUGCCAAAUUUUGACAUAUUGGGUUCGUUAUUAGGACAAAAUGAGACUGUUGCAAUGGUAGAGGAUGAAGUUUUGGGUUCUGAUGGUGGUAAUGUAGGUGGAGUUGAGGGAGUUGCUGAGAAAGUUAGUGCGGGUACCGAUGAUGGUUUUUCAGAAUCUGUGAUGGCUGUUAUAAAUCAGAAAGUGGAUGAUGUGUGUCAUGCAUAUGAAGUGAAGAAGAUUAUGGACAAGAUUAAGGUUUGUGAAUCUCCCAAAUCAAAGAGGGCUCAUAAGCCUAGCGUGGUUUUACAGAGUCCUUACAGAAAUGAUUUUGGGUCUUCUGGUAGUAAUGAAAAGAUGAAGAAAAAGAAUGUUAAAGGUCAAUAUGCGUUUAAUUCUGGGUUGUUUGAUCCUCCGCACGAACUUCAACAGAAGGCAUUUGAUGAGUGGUUCUGUGUUGGGUUCAAGGAUGAGAAUAAGAAGAAGAAGUUUGUUCAAGGGAAGAAUCUUUUUAGUCCUGCUUUAGAUUUCUGCAUUGAUAGUGUUCAGGACAAGUGGUGGUUUUAUGAUCUUUUGACCCCUGGGAGGUGCCUUAGUGACUCGCAUAUGGAUGUAAUAUUUUAUUACUUGCGAAAGAAGUUGAAGUAUGAUCCUAAUGUUGCAGUGUCUGCAACAACCACAGAUUAUCAUUUCUGUUUUAAGGUGGUUGAAUUGUAUGAUAAGUUUGUCAAGUCUGGAAACAAGAUUGAUGCUGUGCCUAAGAGUAACAUUGUUACUGAAUACAUGAGUGGGUAUUACAUGUAUGCUAACAAAGAUUGGCUACGUGUUGAUUAUGUGUUGAUUUACAUGCAUAUUAAGGAUGAAAAGCAUUGGAUUUUGAUCAUUUUUGAUAUUAGGGCUAGGUGUCUCAAUGUUUAUAAUUUCUUAGGGUCUAGACAUGAGUUGGACAGGAAAACAGCUGGUUAUGUCAAGCCUUUUGCAGUGGUGUUGCCUAUAUGUUUGUCAUUCAUUGACUAUUACAGUAGGAGGAUGGAUAUUGACACAAGCCAAGGAUUUUUUAAAGGGAAAAAGGAGGAGGACAUGCUUGAUGUCUUUGUUGUUACUAAGUUACCUCAACAAGUAGACAAUGAUUGUGGCUUGUUCGUGGCUAAGUAUGCUGAUUUCUUUAUUCAUGGAUGUAUUGAGAAACUUCCAAAUCCUCUAGAUGUGGGGUUUUUUAGGAGGAAGCUCGCUGUUGAGUUGUAUGUUCAUGCCAAGAAGAAACUGUUGAAUGAUUAUGAUUCUGAGUCUGAGUUUCCUGGGAGGAUUCCAAAAGCUUGAUUGGAUUGAAGGGGUUUCGAAUCUGCACUAGGAUGAAACUUUUUGGUGUACUAAAGUUGGAGUUUCAACUGGAAUGAAACUUUUUGGUGAACUAUUUUGAGUCAAAGUAACUUGUUUUGUUACUUUUGUUUUUAGAAUUGUAAUUAAGCUCCAAUUUUUUAGUACAUUUGUUUGUUAGUAUUAGUGAAUGGUGUAUCUGGACAGUAGGGUUUAUAUGUAGUAUUUAGCUAGGUGUUAAUCUGUUUGUUGUUGGUAACACUGAUGUGAAGGGACCGUUUAGUAUCUUUUUUUGGAAAUAUGCAAGUAUAUAAGUAGUUAAAA